GGAAUCAAUUUAACCUGAAUCACAUGGAUACACAUUUCUGAGCAAACGAAAGGGCAUUUGUUUAAACUAUGCUGCUGCAAUAAACGUUCAUUACCUAUUUCUGUGUCUGAUCAAGACCAGAAAACUAGCUAGCAUACACAGACUUACAUUUAAUGAGACAAAAUUAUAGACAUUGAACAAUAUAGUCUGAAAGAAUCUUGAUGUUCUCCUGCUAGCCCUGUAGCUAUGUAGUGUAGAGCGUCCACCUAGUGACCGUUAACUGAGCCAACAAUUGUGACUUUGGAGAGAUUAAAGCAUGCGACUUAACGCGUUUGCAAAAAUGCAAGUGUAAAUUACUUGUUCUCCGAGCAACUUGAUGUGGAGAGUGCCUAGACUGGGUUUUAGCAUAUUGCGUAGAGCUUUUUACAGUGGCGGAGACGAGAUGGGUAAGAAAGGGACAUUUUUCUACGCGGUGAGGAAAGGAUUUCAACCUGGUGUAUAUAACUCUUGGGACGAAUGCAAGAGUCAAGUCGACAAGUUUCCAUGCGCAAGUUAUAAGAAGUUUGGCGCAGAAAAAGAAGCAUGGGAAUUUGUGAGGAGCCAACCAACAAAAUGCUCAUCCGUUACAGAAGAGCCUAGCAGCUGUGAAGCUGAGGUCCCUAAAAGAGCCCCGAGCUAUGAGGCCACAAUGGCGGCCGUACUGAAAGGCCUCAAGAGGCCUUAUGCGAAAGAGAGGGAAGUGAAGGAAGAGGAGAGAGGAGAGCCGGAUGAAGUAGACGGAUGUGCUGUUAAGCGAGUGAAGCCGUCAGAAGACAAGCCACAGAGCAGUAGCACAACACCUGCUGAACAGCGUGACUUCACCUACAUGGGUGAUGCUGUGGUGGUCUACACAGAUGGCUGUUGCUCGUGCAAUGGAAGAGCUGGGGCUCGUGCAGGGAUUGGAGUGUACUGGGGUCCCGACCAUCCCUUAAAUGUUGCUGACAGACUGUCGGGAAGACAGACUAACCAGAGAGCUGAAAUCCAGGCUGCCUGUAAAGCUCUGGAACAAGCCAGGGACCACAAGAUUAAGAAGCUGGUGCUCUACACUGACAGCAAGUUCACCAUCAACGGGGUCACCAGUUGGGUGAAGAAUUGGAAGCGGAAUGGCUGGAGGUUAAAGGGUGGUGGCAAAGUCAUCAACCAGGAGGAGUUCCAGCAACUGGAUGCACUCAACCAAGAGGUGCAGGUGGUGUGGCUACACAUCCCAGGCCAUGCAGGCUUUGCAGGGAACGAGGAAGCUGACAGACUCUCCAGAGAGGGGGCCGCCAAACUUCUAGAAUAGUCCUGGACGUCGGCCCUCCCUCCCCUUGCACUCACUCCUGCCAUGAGACCAGCGCCUCUUUCCCAUAUGAUUUCGGCCGUAGACAAAGAGGAUCUUCCCCUGCUCCAAAGACCCAUCUGUCCAGCCCCCUUCUCUGUCUGGUGUGUACCAGCUGGUUAUGCAGAGGUAUGCGUGCCUUGUCUAUGUCCACCUUCGGAUGUGCACUUGUCCUUCAAAAAAGGGAGUUGUAAAAACACAUGCUAUGCUUUGGUAUGCUUGUUUUGCACCCUUCCCAACACUGAAAUUUGAGAAUGCCUAUGUUGAUCUGAGAAGAUCUGUUCUGUGGAAGCAGACUGUUUGCUUGUUUUAAAGCGUUUGAAAUUGAUCAUUCUCCAUUAUGAGGUGUCUUGCCUUGUGUUGGGCUAGCAGAGUUGCAUGCCAAUAUGCCCCAUAACAGCGGUUAAGAGCUCUACUUUGGCUAAGUUCAGAACUCCGCACCCAUCAUUGACCACCUGGGAUCCCAAUGCAGCUUCAGUUAUAUUCGUAUCUGACUAAUUUAGGGGUGGCUUUGUGCUGUUGUCCCUAGAGGCAAUGUAAUGAUAACUUGCUGAUCUUUUUGUCUUUGUUUUUUAACAAAAAGCUGCUUUCAGUAGUAGUUGUUGUUGUGUGUGUGUGUGUUUUGACUGUGCAAUAAACUUCUUAUUUGUGGUCA